AUGCGGCUGAGCGAUCCGCUGGUCUCAGCGGCAGCGGCCGUGGCAUACGGCGUCGUGGUGUCCGUACACUUUCACAUCUACGUCCGAUGGACGGAGCAGAACGCGUUUGGCGCCGUCGCCGUGCACGCUGUCUCAAUUGCAGGCUUCUUGGCGAGCAUGUCUCUUUGUGCAUGGGACGCACGGCUGGGUGCCGUCAUGGUCGCUGUCGUUAACCUGUGCCACAACUGGCUGAUCCACGGAUGCAAGUUGCGACAGCCAUACGUCAUCGGGGCGGUGGCAUACCUGCUCGCUGCGCAUAGCACGAUGUUCUGUGUGCACACGGACAUCGUUGGUAAGACCUGCGAGCACUCCGGUGAGGAAUCGCUCUCUGAGUGCGAGGACGAGGGCGGCUGGACGGCAGUGGAGGUCCAGCGCUGCUCGCGAGCGGUCAGCGGCGGAGAUUUGCUGCGCAGCGUGCGGCUCGGACCCUUCUUCUCCGUGCCAGGCCAGUGGAGAAGCCUCAUGACGCACUCCCUGCGUGGUCUGCUGAACGACGGCGACCGGGUAGUCAGCUUCGUCGGCGCACCCGUGACUGAAGCCGGCACGCGGAUCGGCUUCCCGCCUCUGCACGUCCACCACGUUCACGUGCGCAAGCCCGAGCGAAGCGGCGCGAUGCAGCCUCCGGUGGGCCGCGAGCGCGCCAGCCACUGGUUCGAGACGCACGGUGACUACUCGCGCGGCGACGACUUUGGCGUCGGGGCGAGGAGCGCGGCAGGCUACGCCACGCGGCUGCCAGAGGGGCACUGUUAUGUCGUCACGUCGGCGGAGCAGAUCGACUUGAACGCGGAGGUGAACGACGUCCGCGUCGACGCUAGCGGCGCGAGCGAGCUCUCCUACUACCUCGAGGCCGCCUUCACGCUCGCGCCCGACGCGGACUGCAAGCCGGUGAGCAAGUUCUGGCUACGCAGGCCGCGGUCGCGCGAGCUGCCCACCGACGUGUGGGAGCGGUACGCGGCGCCGAGCACGGAUUCGGUCACGUGGUGGUCCGGGAAGAUGCCUUCGUCGGGCAGGCUGCUGCACGCCUGGCUGCACACGCACCGCAGUCGCUUCGGAGGAGCGAAUCACUGGCUGCUGCUCCUGGCCGCGGGGCCGGAGGUGGUCAACUGUGCCGCGCUCGGCAUCACGCCUGCUGACGGCGUCGACGUGGCGCCGGUGCGCAACGCGAGCUUCGCGCGCGCAGCGCUGGCGGCGGCGGCGCGCGUGGUCUGCGAAGACGACGCGUCGCAACCAAACUCGGUGUCGCUGCGCGGCCACGGGAGCGAGGGAGUUGCGGACGGAGACUACGACCGGCGCGGCGGCUUGUCCUGCCGCGACUGGUCUUUCGGUGUGGGGGAUGCGUGGACGGUGGUGGCCUUCUCCGCCGCCCGCUUCCUCCCUCACCUCCGCGUCACGCCGCAGCACACGGAGCUGUGGAUGUUCGUCGACUUGCCGGGCGUGCCCAACUCGACCGCAACUUCCUCCCCAGACGCUCCCGACUCGCCAUUCUUCACCGACGAGGCCAACGUGUGCUGGGCCGAGACGCGGCUCGCGGCGCCCUUUAGUCGCCGACCCGCCGCCUCGCUGGCGCUGGCCGCGCUGCUCGUCCUCGUCGCGCUCGCCUCCUCCCCGCGCCACUCCUUCUUGCCGUGGGCGUGGCGAACCCGUGGCCAGUAUUUGAGGCUCCCGUGCGACUCGGGCGUCAGCUAG